AAAAAUAAUUACAAUUUUACUAAUGAAUGUGCAGGUUUAAACUAUUUAUUCUCGACCGCCAUACUUCUACACUAUACACAUACGCACCCUUGACUUUUUGAUUUGGUUUAGGGAUAAAUGCAGAUUUACACUGCAGUGUACCAAUUACUGAACUUGAUAGUCCUAGGAAAACCAAGAGAAAAAUCUCAAAAGGGUUUUAGGAAAAAUAUACAGAAAAGAUUAUGUAAGGUCUAGAAAGACUCUAAAGAGAUUCAGAGGAUCAAGAAAACCUGUAUAUCUAGAGUAAAAUAACACAGCGAGUUCCUAGAAACAUUCUGCAGUUACACAACUUGCGAUCGUAUGUUGGCUGCACUUCCUUGCAUUGUGAAUGCACAGCGCCACCGAGAAUGUCAUUGCCUACGUUUUAAAUGUUGGCGAGCUUGUUUUUUGACGCAAGCGUAUGAAAUAAAACUGCAGCAAGUAGGAGUGUAUUCAAGUAUGCAGCUGACAGACAUUCAGGAGCGGGAUAGAUCGGAUUUGAAUAAGAUGAGUCACAUCUGAUAUUUCUACAACUUUGUAUGAAGUGUUAACUCCUAUUCCCUUCUAAUUUAUCUGUUACGUGGAAUUAAAUAUUGGAAUCUGAACCCUUAUAUGUCAGUUAGAUGACGGCGAUACGCCGUGUGUUAACAGGUCAUGGGGGCCUGUUUCGGCCGCUGCAUUUCCAAAGUUACAGAUUCUUUGUCAUACAGGUUUUAUCAAAGGCACACCAGUAUGUCUUUCCAAGGAGACGAACAAGUUGAGUUCAUGGAUGACAAAGGAGAUGCAGACCAAUCUAGAGGAUCAAAAACCCUGUUAUCGUUUCUCUCCUUAAACCGAUUCAAGAAAAAACAUGGAGUUCCUGUAACAUUGGAGUUGUUAGAAGAUGGUGGAUGGUCGAAGGGUACUAAUAAAUAUGCUAGAUUGAGUUCUAGAAAUGAUGCUUCUACUAGUUCUGGAUUGGACACUCCGCUCCAAAUUCUUGAUGCAAGAACAUUAAUGAAACAACAAGCUUGCAUCUCUUCCACUCCAGGAUCCUCAUUAGAUUUAGAAUGGGAACACGAGGGAAUGCCUCUACCAGUCAUGGACGAUGAAAAAGUCGAGAGCACCGACGGUUCUAUAACGCAGACAUCGGUUAAUAAUAGUCAACCCUCUAGUUUGACAGCAUCUCCUUGGUCGAGAGUUUCUACACCAAAUAGUUUAGAAUGGGAUCCUGUUGAAGCGGAUAUGAUGCUGUCAUUAGAAAUAUGUGUAACAUAUUACUUUAACCUUUUGAAGCAUACUUAAGUGAUACCAAAGUUUUUUGACGUUUCCUUUUAUUUUUUCAUACAAAAUAGAUACCCUAUUCAAGUAUCGUAAAAGAAAUUUUAUAUAAACGGCCAACUGUGCUUCAAAUGGUUAAACAAUGCAUAUCAUUCAUGCAACAAUACGGAUUUUUACGUUUGUAAAAUUUACUAUUCGAUACUUUUAACAUAGAUAGGAAAAGAAGGAAAACGAGAACAGAGAUUAUAAGAUUAAAGUGUAUCAGGUGCUAUCAAUGCAAUAUAUUUUUUGCGAGUGGAAUUAAAAAACAGCUUUUUUCGGAAAACGUUUCUUUUAGGGCUUAGUCUCCUAAAUUAAUUGUAUUUUAUACGAGAAAGACUAUGACAUAGUCUUACGUAAGUCUAGUCACGAUCAAAUUUUACGAAUCUUCACCAAGAUUAUAAUUAAAGAAAAAAGACAAGGUGGUGCUGGUGUAAUAUUAAUGUUGAUAUAUAUAUUUGAGUGUACAAAAUGUUUCUACUAAAGUUGAAGUAUUACGAAGUAAUUAGGUAAUACUUUUAGAUAGACUGUCUACUAUUGAGGUGAAUAAAUUUGAAACCGAGGUAGCUGCCUUACAAUAGAUACAAAAAAAAUAUAUAUAUAAUUCGUAACUAGUUAAAUGCUACUUAAAAGUUCGAUUACAUUAUUGUAUUUGCAGCUGUGUUGUAUUAUAAUUGCAUAAUUAAAUUUAAGAUCAUUAGUUUACCAAUAAUUUGCAAUUAUGGAAAGCAAAUCAAAAUGUAUGCAGCAAUAGUACAGAUAGAGUUAACGUUAAAGAUAAUAAAAUAAAUAAUAAUGAUGCAGUAUGUUAAUGAUGCAGUGCCAUGAAUAUUUGUGUGCUUGAUAAACUUUUGUUUCUCAUUAUAAUUUAUCUAGAUCAGCUAAAAUGGGGUCAAAGUUUUAAAGUACAUUGAAGAAUGAAAUCUGUGAAAAUUUAUGUGAAGUUAUAUAAUGAACGCACAGGAAUAUUAAGUUGUGCAACGCUUAUGUGUCUCAGCAUUCAUAUUUUAAUUAUUAUUCUUAAGCAUGACACAAGUCCAGUAUACAGUUAAAUUAAGUUUACGUAUACUGUUUAGCAUAAAGAUGAGCAAAUUUUAUAUGCUUCAAGUAUGAAACGCUUAUAGUCUGUUUCUAUAUCAAAAAUGAAAGGGUAAAAUAUGUUGUUUAUACAACAGUUGGGUAAAGUUGGUAUUUUGACGAUUCUAAUAUUACAAAUAGUACUGAGAAAUUCAUCAAACUUCAUUUCCAAAUGCUUUUCUUUAUUGAAUAACCAUUCGUUUACCUAUUUCAUUUUUUGAUCAAGGAAUCUUAAAAAAAUUAGAUGUUACAAAUAUUAGAAAUUGUAAUAAAUUUAAAUUGUUUUUUUUUUUUUAUUAAUUAGUAAAUGUUUGUAACGAAAGUAUUCUUUUUCAAUUUUAAGUACUCUAAAAUAAUAGGGACCAAAAAUGUUUUCAGUAUUAAAUCUAUUCAUGUCUAUUACUUUUGUAUUGAAAUGAUUAUUUUACAAGUUACACUUAUACAUGAAGUGUUAAUUGAUUGUCCGGCUAUUUUAUAUUAAUUAUAAGAUUGUUUUACAUUUACUGACUCAGAAUAUUUGAUGGUAUUGUAUGUAUAUAUAUUUUAUGUGUAUAAGAAUUAACAUUGUAUCGGUUUUGAAGUUGUAAACAAAAUUUAUCAUUGUUGGCUUUAAAAAUAUCUUUAUGCGCCUAGCAUUAAUAAUCCAAAAUAAUACUGUUUACAUUUUAUGCACAGUCGUUUACUCUUCUCUGCGGAUUUGCGAUACAUAAAAAAUCAUAUACUGUGCAUCAUUCAUCGCUUACACAUUAGAUAUAAUUAUCAUUAUACCGAUAUUUUCAUUUAUUGACGUAUGAUUUUGUAUACAACCAUGGUGUUAAUUGCAAUAAAUUAUGUGAGCUUUAUUUAUUGUUUAA